AUGACGACCAGUGGUACCCCUACUAUGGUCUCGGAGGUUCAGGAACAAUUGCAGCAGCUGCAGCUUCGGGAUAAGGCUGUUGAAGGAGAAACUGCAGUUACAGGAGUCGCAGGAGGAAGCGUUGAUUCAUCAGGGCUGACCUCGGCUUCGGGACGGCCGGUGUCUCCUCGUCGGAUCCAGAUGCCUAUCGCCGUUGCGCCCAUGGUCGACGUUACCACCUCUCACUUCCUGAAGCUAUGCCAGAUCAUCUCGCCAAAUUUCACUCUCUACACAGAAAUGAUUCACUGUAACGCUCUCGUCUACAACCCCAAGGACUUGUUCAACUUCUUUGGCGAGCCCUGGGAGGGAAAGGUUGUCCAGUUGGGUGGAUCGGAAUUGGAGCCUAUGGCUAAAGCGGCGCUUUUGGUCCAGGAGAAUGGGUAUAAGGAACUUAACCUCAAUGUGGGGUGCCCGAGUCCAAGGGUGCAGAAGGGAGCCUUUGGUGCCGUACUCAUGAAGACCCCCCAGACCGUCGUCGACAUCAUCCAAGAAAUGAUCAAAGUCGGCGUCAAGAUCCCCAUCACUGUCAAGUGCCGUAUCGGCGUCGAUAACCUCGACUCCUAUGAACACCUCUGCGACUUUAUCAGACUGAUAUCGACAACCACGCCGGUGACACAUUUCGUUGUCCAUGCGCGCAAGUGUUGGCUCAAGGGCUUGUCCCCAAAACAGAACCGGAGUGUUCCUCCGCUGAAAUAUGAAAUCGUCUACCAGCUGGCAAAGGAUUUCCCUCAUCUAACGAUUACGAUCAAUGGAGGGUUCAACACUACACAGCAGAUCAAGGAGCAGCUCGAACUGGUAGACGGGAUCAUGAUCGGGCGUGAAGUCAUGGAUCGACCCAUGUUCCUCACAAAAGUCGAUGCCGCAUACCACAACAUCCCAGCGUCAGAAUUGAAAUCAACCGAAGAAAUCAUCGACGAGUACCUAGAAUACGUCCUCACAGAACACACACGCGGAACACCCCACUCAAACGCAGUCGUCAUGGCUCCCCUAAAGAUGCUCUAUGGGGGACGGAGAGGCCGCGAGUACCGUCGUCGUCUGGCCGCCACCAUCUUGCCCAAAACCAAACCUCUUCCGGAUAUUGUCCGUGAUGUCCGGCUUAUGCUGGAGGAGAUGGAUUUCAAUAGCUCUGCUUCUGAGGUGGAGGCGGAGGUUGAGUUGGUUAAUGAGGAUGGAGAGUCGUCCAAGGUGGUUUCUGGGUGUGUAUGA